GCAAUUUCCAAUACAAAGAGCCGAACCCUGUCAUUCUUUCUUGGCAUUGGUGUCAGCCCCGGCUGGAAUCUCAGCAUUGCUUUCAGGUUACCUCCUUUCAGAACAAAGCCGCCCGAAAUCUUCAACUACGUCAAGUGACGCUGUCCAAUUAUAUUUCUUAAAUGAGCUAAUUCGCUUAUCGACGUUAUUCCGUCCGAACCUGUCUUGUCGAGGACAUGGUAUACUUGAACCCCAUGCGAUCCGAGUGUAGAGAGUAGCCAGGGGUAGGACGACGAAGCGGAUUAGAUAUUUAUUAUGAUGAUAUUCAUCACCGUCGCUCAAGGAGCUUGAUUCCAUUAUUAUUCCACCCCGUACCACCCGAUCUAACAAAUCUACGAUCUUGUCUUCUCUUCCUGUUGUUUCUACUCUUUUCCUCGUGCCUCAAUCCCUGCCUAUGAAAGUCUUCGGCCUCCCCCACCUCACGAAAUAAAGCUUAAAUCGGGGUGGCCGUGUGCGUACAUAAGACUCGGCCAUAGCUUACGUCUUUCAUUGGAUACAAGGUCUCGUUCUCUACGGCACACAGAACUAAGACAAAGCUAUAGACUAUUCUGUCACCAUGUCGGACUCAAGCAGCAGUCGACGGACAAGUCGCAACUACGAUACUGGCUUUCCGGAUGCAUUCGCUGAAUAUACCACUUCUCUGCGUCAUCCAGACGCAAACGUUAGUCCAGGGGCUUGUAUUUCAGCCGAGGAUAUUGAUCCGUCGAAAACACUACACCGGACGCAUAGGUCCUUCCUAGCGAAGCAUAAGCGUACCAUCGCUCACGGUAGAAUCGGUCAGAACACGAGCCAAAAACGCUCGAACAGUUCGGUCGUGAUCAUUCCUACAGCUGACAGUGCUGUUGACGUAGGUGACCUGAAACGUACAGGCACGAACGGAAGCAUUGGACAUUCGUCUAAGGAUGGGGCCGAGAGCAUCGACCGCGUGGAGGUAUCUACUAACGGGGAUUGCUCUCCGUCCUCCCCCACAGACGAAGAUGACCUCGCUGACGAUGGGCGACAAAGAAACAAGCUCUUCCGAAAAUGGCGCCUUCAGAAGGACUAAGUGAAUUGGGGCGGACGGUCGACGAUAGACUGCGACAAUUAUUGAAUCACGGGUAAAGAGUUGCUAUCAGCUGUUAGGAGUCGGGGAUGUUAGAUAGGUAACUAGUAAUUUGCGACUUGGGGGCUCGACACCGAGGGGGGGGCUUGCUUCAAAAUUUGG